AUGUUUGGCGUUUUGGUGGUGGGCCUCAUCUGCGUUUCGUCUGGUUUUGUAUCAUGUUGGCCAACCGAGGCACCCAAAGUGUCCCUGGCUUUGUACUUCGAAAGCCUUUGUCCUGACUGCCAGCUAUUUAUUCGGAAGCAGCUUUAUCCAACUUACCUCAAGGUCGGCGAGAUAUUCAAUCUUACGCUUGUACCGUAUGGAAACGCAGAAGAAAGGCGAUCAGGAGACAAAUGGGUCUUCGAGUGCCAACACGGACCGAAGGAAUGCCAAGGGAACCUGAUUGAAACAUGCGCUAUUGCUCUGCUGAAAAACAUUUCCGUGUCUUUUCCUUUCAUUCACUGUUUUGAGGAAAACACGGAGAAAUCAGAGGAUCCGCAACCCGCUGAGAUAGCUGAGAAAUGCGCCAAAUCCUUGGGAAUUGACUAUUCUCCGAUCGAGACAUGCGUGAGCGGUCCCCAGGGAAACAGUCUGGAGCAUCAGAUGGCAGUAAAAACGAACGCACUUAAACCACAACACCAGUACGUUCCGUGGGUGACCCUGAACGGAAAACACACCGAGAAGCUACAGAGGGAGGCAGAGAAUAACUUGCUGAAGCUUGUCUGCAAAUACUACACCGGACCCAAGCCAUCGGCGUGCGAACAACAGCAGAUUGGUCGCUGUUACAAGAAUGAGAAGCACAUACACAUUUAGUGAAUUCUCCUUUCAUUUUCUCGCUGUAGAUCAUUUAGAAAGUCCGAAGCCGUAUAGUACAUAAAAUCAAGGAGCACUUCUCGGUCCGAAGCUGUUGUUGCUGUUUAGAGAAAUGUUCUCAUUAUACUGUAAUUGAAAAUAAACUGCUGUUGCCAGUGCAGACUGCCGUUCUUUUUAUGGGAUGUCCUCGUCUCGCAAAACCUCGUCCUCUCAAAUCGCUCCCUUUUAUUAAAUGCAUGUUUUAUGAUAGAGAGUGAUGAUUUGCCUGAUCGCGGGUUUUUAUAGACCACUACACUGAAAAAGAUUCCCGACUUCGGAGUCAGUCCUACAUCGCUAUAAUCACAUUGGAUCGGGGAAGUAACCAAGCAGAAAGCAAGAACAUGUUUAAGAAAAUAGGUUAAAGCGCAAAGUAGAACUUCUGCGCGUAUUUAUUGUUGGGAUUAGAAGACCAUGUUUUUUUUAACCACACGGGGGUAUUUGUGCCGCCUACGUUCGAUCUAGUCCAGGGAACAAACAACACAACUCACAGACACCUGAGAGAUCUGUACAAUCCCCGAAAUGAUUCCGACCCCGAAAUGAUCCCCUACCCUAAGAUGAUCUCAGAUGAUCUAAGAUGAUCUAAUCUCCUUUACGUCUACACCACCGACUAGGGUGGCACGGAGGAGAAAAUCAAAAUUUUAGAAGAAUCCUUAGAGUUAUUGUUGAAAAAGAACUGUGUCACAAGGAAGGACGUAAAAUAGAUUAACUCUGUGUUCGACUUAGUCUAGUAGUUUCUAAUGGAGGAGCGCUGCGUGACGACUCUAAAAACGACUGUGAAGCAGACUAUGUUCGACCACAACUGUUGCAUUUUAAGCUAAGACUAUGUUGAACAGAACCACAACUGUGUUGUCGUUUUUUAGGGACGGACCAUUGCUAAUGUCAAUUUUUUUUUUUUCGUUAUUAAAUUCCUUGUAUGAAUUUUUUUAGGCCAUGACAUGAAUAUUUUUAGGAUUAAUUGGCGUACAUGAAUUUUUUUUUUCAUUUAAUUUUCCCUUGCCCAAAUAGUGUACUUCGCCCGCCCCCCCAUAAGUUUUCUAAUGGUCCGUCCCUUAGCAACGGAAAUGAAAAAUUCUCUUCAACUUCCUGUAAAUCGGUCAACUGAUAAGUAAAGUUUAACUUGAAUGCUAAGGUAACUUUGACAAAGAAAACCAGAUAUACAUAUUACAUCAUCUCAACUUACUGCAAAUUUGCCGGUGCAGAAAUUACCAGACAUAUAAAUUAGACAUCAAAUAAGGAAGUCAUGUCAAAAUCACGAGUUUAUAAGACGAAGCAAAUCGUGUGCUCUAAUUGGCUGUCCGAGACGUUGACAAGAUGGGUCUAUAAUCUUGCCCGCGGGGGAUUUCUCUCUUUCGUUUAGCAACAACAAAAAAAAGGCUUCUAGGCCUAGCCCAUACAAUCACUUCUUUAUUGACCAACCAUAUCCGGUCAAGAUUUCUCCGGUCAAGAUUUCUUUGCGUUUACAGACCUCAAUCAUAAAUAACAAGUACAUGUGCAUAUAUUAUUUACAUGGGGUGCAUCACCGUGGCGCAACAACAAUGCAUCAAAGAGUCAUGACAUAAUCACGCGGUUUGACUGAAAAACGUGCACGCGCACUCAAGAUAGUAUAAAGGUUGAAGUCCGCUCCUCUCGAAUGUCUCACCUUUGCUGAAAAUUUAAACGAAUCUCUCUUGACGAAUCAUGGUCUUGCUACGCAUCUGCGCUGCCCUGUUCAUCACAGUUCCGUUGCUAACUGUCGCAGCUCCAGCAGCAGCUCCCAGAGUAGAAAUAGCUUUGUAUUAUGAGAGCUAUUGUGGAGGAUGCAGAGAUUUCAUCAGAGACCAGCUUUAUCCGACAUUCCAGAAGGUUAGCCAAAUCAUGGACAUAACGUUGGUGGCAAUGCCGAAGAGACUCAAGAUGGAAGUGAAUGGCGCUUCAAUUGCCAGCACGGUCCUCAAGAAUGCGUGGGAAACUUGA